AUGGCGCCGCUAAUGGGAAGAGAAACGAGUGAAGGCUGUAUCUGUGAUUAUGUGAUUCUGAAGACGCAUCAUCUUGGGUGCCACUACGUGUCAACGCAUGGAGGUCUUUAUUCGAGGGAGUCUCAACCUCCAAUGAUCGCAGCAAGAUUUCGCCAUUCUUUUCUGCAAAACACUGUCACCUCAGACCAGUGA